GAGCCAACGAGCGAAACCAUUCUGAUGUCCAACACCAAAUUCCCAGAUCUCAUUCGACGAACUAAAUAUGGAAUCGUGCGCAACGUACAAGAGGAGGAAGGGUGGGGACACUCCUGGAUCUCAGGGAACCGCUGAUACCUCGGAGUCAGGGUGGGACUGCCGAGUAGCACGGUCUCUCCUUCGUCGAUCGUCCAGAACAUAACACAAUGGCGGAUAAGGACAAGAAAGUAAAGAAGAAGAAGGCGAAAGAAGAUGCGCCUGCCGAAGAGGCCCCAGCGCCAGCGGCACCCGCCUCCACCGGUGGCAGCGAGCGCCAGAGCUCGCGUGGAAGCCGCAAGGCUAAGCGCACCGGCUCUAACGUCUUCUCUAUGUUCUCACAGAAGCAGGUCGCUGAAUUCAAAGAGGCGUUCCAGCUAAUGGACCACGACAAGGAUGGCAUCAUCGGCAAGAACGACCUCCGUGCCACCUUCGACUCCCUCGGCAGGCUCGCCUCCGAGAAGGAGCUCGACGAAAUGGUGUCCGAAGCCCCCGGCCCCAUCAACUUCACACAGCUCCUGACCCUCUUCGCCAACCGUAUGUCCGGCGGAUCCGACGAAGAUGAUGUCGUUAUUAAUGCCUUUAAGACCUUUGACGAGGAAGGCAAAAUCGACUCUGAAAGGCUUAGGCACGCCCUCAUGACCUGGGGUGACAAAUUCUCCGCCGAUGAAGUAGAUGAGGCAUACGACCAAAUGGACAUCGACGAUAAAGGCUUCAUUGACACCACCAAGCUGAUCACCAUGCUCACCGCCAGCGCAGAGGAGGAAGAGGGUGGAGAAGCAGCGUAAUCCACCUGUAAUCUUCACUGAGAGACAAGCAGUCACGCCCGGCCCGACGGUUUCGCAUUCAAACAUCAACUGUGAACCGAACAACUUUUUAUUUUUAAUCUAUUUAUGUAAUUCAUUGUUUCCAUUUUUUUAUUUAUAUAUAAUGAAAAUAUAGUUCUACUAUUUAAUAACGAGUGUAGUACUAUCCCACGCGAUGAACCGUUCGUGCAAGCCGAGGAUUAUAUUCUGUAAGGAAUACUAUGUAUUCUGUUAUAAUUUUCAAAUACAUUUUUAUUAAAAAGUCUGAAUAUAGUUAAUGACGUGCCAUUAUGGGCGUUUUUGAAUACAUCAA